CACGGAUAAACAAUGAUCACUCAAUAAAAUAAGACUUUAACACAAAAAAAAAGAAGAAAUGAUACAAAUUGCGAUAGUUAGAAAAGGAGAAUCAAUUUUAUCAGGCACGAAUACAUUAUUGUAACUAUCAUUGAUUGUUAAGUGUCUUAUCGGAAAUCGAGAUAAGGUUAUGUUACGAAAAUGCCACCUGUUCGUGGAAGAUUUGGGCCAUUAGUUGGAUCAAUUGAUGAAGGAACUUCGAGUACACGAUUUUUGGUAUUUGCUGCUAAAACUGCCGAAGUAUUAACCUACCACCAAGUUUCAAUUCCACAAAUUACCGUCAAAGAAGGAUGGGUGGAACAAGACCCAGAAUUGAUUUUACAUUCAGUUAUCGAAACGAUCAAUGUAACAUGUGAUAAUUUGAUGAAAUUAGAUAUUAGUCCUGAAGAUAUUGUAGCUACAGGAAUAACAAAUCAACGUGAAACCACUGUUUUAUGGGACUCAAAAAGUGGGAAACCACUUUAUAAUGCUUUAGUAUGGCUUGAUAUGAGAACUGCUUCCACUGUUGAUAAAAUUCUUCUUAAUGGAAAAAGAAACAAAAAUUUUCUUAAAAAUGUCUGUGGAUUACCAGUGAGCACUUAUUUUAGUGCAUUAAAAAUAUGUUGGCUUGUUGAUAAUGUGGAAGAAGUAAGAUUAGCUAUUAAAGAAAAUAGAUGUUUAUUUGGUACAAUAGAUUCUUGGUUAAUAUGGAAUUUAACUGGCGGUGUAAAUGGAGGUUUACACAUCACCGAUGUUACAAACGCUUCUCGGACAAUGUUAAUGAAUAUACAAACAUUAAAAUGGGACCCACAAUUAUGUAAAAUAUUUGACAUUCCAAUGAGCAUACUUCCUGAGAUAAAGAGUUCUUCAGAAAUAUAUGGUUAUCUAACUCAAUCAUUUUUAAAGGGCAUUCCAAUAUCUGGAUGUUUGGGUGAUCAACAAGCAGCUUUGGUUGGGCAAAUGUGCUUUCACCAAGGACAGGCUAAAAGUACUUAUGGAACGGGUUGUUUUCUUUUAUAUAAUACAGGAACAGCAAUUGUGCAAUCAAGUCAUGGUUUAUUGACGACAGUUGGAUAUCAAUUAGGUCGUGAUGAACCACCUGUUUAUGCUUUAGAAGGAUCAAUCGCAAUUGCAGGUGUUGCAAUGCAAUGGAUAAGAGAUAACUUAGGAGUAAUUGGAAAUGUAUCAGAAUCAACGAAAAUUGCCCAAUCUGUUGGAGAAGUAGGUGAAGUUUACUUUGUACCAGCUUUUUCAGGCUUAUACGCUCCAUAUUGGAGAAAAGACGCUCGGGGUGUAAUAUGUGGCCUAACCGAGGAAACAAAACCGGGUCAUAUCGUAAGAGGUGCUUUGGAAUCUGUGGCUUUUCAAGUUCGCGAUAUCCUUGAAGCUAUGGCUUUAGAUUGUGGAUACCCACUGCAAAAAUUGUUAGUAGACGGAGGAAUGACAGCAAAUAACUUUUUAAUGCAAAUUCAAGCAGAUUAUUGCGGAAUUCCUGUUGUACGUCCAUUAAUGGCAGAAACGACGUCUCUUGGAGCGGCUAUUGCAGCUGGUCAUGCAAAAGGGGUUGAAGUGUGGGAUUUAGAAAAUGUCCAAGCUGUUCCUAGCGACACCUUUGUACCAGCUAUUACAGAAGAUCAGAGAGAUAUUCGAUAUUCAAGGUGGAAGAUGGCGAUAGCUCGAGGUUUAGAUUGGGUGGAUGAUCGAGAUAAUGAAGAUACAGGCCUACCUUCUAUCUCAAAAUUUGAGGAUGAGUGUGAUCAAGAUGAGAAUACAAAGUUCAAUACGCUAUCUGCAGGUUUAUUUAUGGUUUCCUCUUUUGCACUUCUCGUCUUAGCGAGUUCUGUCGCAAAAAAUGCUGCUGCAUAGCUUUAAUUUAUCGGCAUUUUUCUUUUAUAUAUAAAAUUUAAUUUGGUGUACGGUAACAGUACUUAUUAUUUAUAAAUGGCGUCUUAUUUAUGUGCUAUAAUUUAGUAAAUCAAUCGAAAUGCAGAUUAAAGUAAAAUUAUAAAUACGAAAUGUA